AUGGCCAAGAACUCCAUCCUAAACAGGCUCACACUCCAGCGCUCCCCGGCCUCCAAGGAGAUCGGCUACCAAAACCUCAAGAUCGACGAGCCCCCGGGGAGCUUGGAGGCAAAUCACUCCUCCGAUCGUGAUCCAGGAGCCCUAGCAAGCGCUGCGACGACGAGCCCGGAUCUUCACAUCAGCAACAGCCAGUACGUCGCCAAUCUCCACAGCACCUCCAACAGCGUAAGCCCUCCUCCGCCAGCGAAUCGCGCAGGAGGAGGAGGAUCACCGCUUGGGUUUCGAUCCUCGCGAUUGCGGCGCCGCUACCCGCGAUGGUGCCGCUGCAUUUGCUGGACUUGCUGCGUCUUGUUCCUCCUCCUCGUCCUGGCGGCCAUCGCAGCGCUGUGCUUCUACAUCAUCGUCCGCCCGAGAGCGCCCAAGCUCUCCAUCGACGAGGUGGAGGUCUCGUCGCUCUUGCUCACCAUCACCGAUUCAAACGCCACUCUGAGCGACUACGAAUUCAACUCGCUGCUCGACCUCGACUUGCUGCUCACCAUCAACGCCUACAACCCAAACACGCAGAUCGUGGUCUACUACAACAAGAUCCGGGUGGACAUUCUCUACCGGAACUUGCAGCUGGUUAGCACGUACGUGGAGCCGUUCAUGCAGGGGCACCGGGAGAGAAAGUUGGCGGUGGUGGAGAUGGUGGGAAACCCCAGCCUUCAGAAGCUUGUGAGCAGGGAGAUGUCGGCGGAGAUGAGCCGGAAUGCGGUGAAUUUGGUGGCGGAGAUCAGCGCGCAGGGGAAAGUCAAGGUGGUGCGGACGGUGAGCCCGAGUAUUUUGGUGCGCUUGACCUGUGACUUGCAGAUGCGAAAUUCCCCACCACAGGAUGUGCUUGUACUUGACAAAAUUUGUCAAUGGCCAUUUCAUCUUUCAGAUCUUUUCGUGCUACAAGAGGAUGAGAGCCCCUUGUCCUUGUGA